GGAAAUACCCAGAAUAUUUUGGUGGUCAAUAUCUACGUAGCUCCAGAUUGGGGGAGGGCAGAAGAUAUUAAAAGAAGAGACAGAUGCCGGUGAGCCAACAGUCUCACCACUUGGAGCUUGGGUGUGUGACACUGUUAACAUGAAGGCUCUGAUUUUUCUGGAGCUUUUUCUCCUGCCCCUGGCUGCUCAUGGGAAGAUCUAUGGAAGGUGCGAGCUGGCUGCAGUCAUGAAAAGGCUUGGGCUGGCUAACGUUCCAGGAUACAGUUUGGGAGACUGGGUGUGUACAGCACAAUACGAGAGCAACUUUAACACAAAUGCAGUAAACUAUAACCCUGGUGACAGAAGCACGGAUUAUGGGAUUUUGCAAAUCAACAGCCGCUGGUGGUGCAAUGAUGGCAAGACUCCAAGAGCCAAGAAUGCAUGCAGAAUCCAGUGCACAGAGUUACUGCAACCAGAUAUUACAGUAGCUGUUAAUUGUGCAAAGAGGAUUGUCAGAGAUCCACAGGGCAUGAACGCAUGGGUAGCAUGGAGGAACCACUGCAAAGGAACGGAUGUCUCCCGGUUCAUCAGGGACUGCAGACUGUAGGGAAAAAAAGAGUUGGGGUAUAACUGAGUUCAGUUAUUCAAAUAGGCAGCUUUUCACAUAAACAAGAUGUUCCCUCUCAUUUGUUUCCCUUUCUAUAAUAAAAUAAAUAAGCAAAAUAAAAUCAAACUCAUGAGAAAAGCUUUAAGAUAAUUUGAACUGAGUGGCAGAAUACAAGUACUUUACUCUGCUGGGAAGACUGAAUAUUUCCACAUGACCAGCUGAAGAGACCUAUUUUGUGUUCAACACCCUUCGAACACUCUGAUUCUGUCAUCUGUGCACACAAUUUUUCAGCGAAGUUCUGCUUCAAUCUUGUUUUGCUAACCAGUACCAAUAUAUGUUUUGCUUUGACAGCUUAAAUUCAUUAAUCAAUAAAAUUGCUUAAUUUGCA